CCAUGUCUGCCUCCCUGCCCGUCUACCCCUUCCUGCCCACCCACUACAAUGGGCCCAGCUACGACGCCUCCUACAACCAAUUCGACCCGUUCAACAACGUAGACAUCGACAAGAGCCCCAUCAACUAUCCCUUCCACCAGCCGUCCCCGGGCUCGUACCAGCAGGGCCCACAGCGCCAGCUCCCGUACCCAAACCUGAUACCCCCCAACUUUGGUUCCAACGGCGGUAAUCGCGACACGCCUGCCGGAUCGGCCGCGCCGACAUCCGGGACCCAGAAUGACCCGACGUCGUUUUUGGACCUCGACCUGUCCCAGCCUGGUCCAUCCACGUAUCGCUACCCGUACCCUCCUGCAGCACAGGCGCAGGGUCAGAGGCAAUUUACUUCUUCUCCCACAUCAUCGGCAUCGCUGGUGAAUGUCAAGGUGGAGGAGCCUCUCUCGACGUAUCCUGGGUCACUUGCUGGGUCUGAUAUCCAGGACGGCUUGGGCGGUGGAGAUGUGGAGGGAGAGGACGAGGAGCGCGAAGGUGGUGAGGUGGACAAUGAGGAGCCGCUGUAUGUGAAUGCCAAGCAAUACCAUCGCAUCCUCAAGAGGCGUAUGGCGCGGGCGAGGUUGGAAGAGCUCAACAGGCUGGUACGAUCGCGCAAGCCAUAUCUUCACGAGUCUCGCCAUCGCCACGCAUGCUCGCGACCUCGUGGAAAGGGCGGCCGAUUCCUGACGGCAGAAGAGAUCGAGCAGCUAAAGAAGGACGAGGCGGACAAGCCCAAGGAGGUUGUAGCUUGAAAUUACCCUUGUUCAUGCUGGAUUCUGGCGCUCCUUGGAGCAGAGUGAUACAUGAUACGAUUUCCUAGAUGUGUAACCACUAAUUCAAUCCUCUUUGUGUACUAUAGUAAACAACUGUUCCGGGUACGAGUCUUCCUCUCUUGUCUCUCUAGAUACGAUAUAUUGCUAGAAUUAAAAAUGUACUCGCUGGUCGUGUUGGCAUUUGACAUUCCGAAUGUUGGAGCACAUGCGCGGACCCGCAGUCAGCGUGCCAGGCAGGUGCAGAGCAUGCAUCAACUCUCAGCAAUG